CCCAAUAGCCAAUGCCCCUUUCUUCGUGUUAUGAUUAAUGAGAAAAGCAGACCAACCACACAUCUACGAUGCCAUCCUUCUAUAAUCAAUAACAACAAGCGCUAAACACUCCAUCUUUCCCUUCCACAUAUCUAAAAAGUGCAUAUUCUCCAUGUUCUCCUAUCAAAAAUUGAAGAAUGUUGAAGAAAGGGAAGAAGCAGAUGAAGAGCUUGUUAUUGCAAGAAAAAAGAUCAUUAGCUACUGCGUUCAAAGAAAGAGAUGGGGGAGGGGCAGGUGGAGUUGGAGGCGACCGAGAGUCCGAGUGGCCGGGCUGCUACGAAGAGCCGUGAGGGGGAAGGCGGCGGCCGUCCGAGCAGCUAUGGGAACAUCAUUGAAGAAGGUGAUGAUAAGGUUGAAGGAAGGGAGGCCAUAUGUUAGCGAACUAUUUGCCGGCAACUACUUGUUCAUGCAGGUGAACCCAUCUGUUGCCAUGCCAUAUUUGGACAAGUCUCUUGUACCAGCUACAAGGUUGCAUCAAGCAUAUGCAAUUACCCCAAGGAUUGCUUAUUAAACUAAUUUCUCAUCUAUGCUGUGGCUUCUUUUCAUAUUUAUCCAUUGUAUUGUCUUUAUCAUCUCAAGUUCUUCAUAUUUAAUUAAUGAUUGGUGGUGUUUGUUGUUUGGAAUGAUAUUGCUGCAUAUUUUAAUGGAUCAUGA